AUUAAAAGUUAAUUUCAAAUUAAAUUUAUAAUUUGUUGUUUAGCUGUUUUUUUUUUCGCCGUAUUGUUGGUUGCAUAAACUAAUGUUUUUAAAACAAAGUUGGCGCUAAAUGUAAACAACUCAACGCAAAUUCUAACCUCAUUCGAAAUGAGUUUUUUGGAAGACCAUAAUUACGGUUCUUUGCCACAAAUUAAGAGAGAAAUUGAUAAGAGCCCCAGUCCUGUGCCCGAACUCAACAUAAAAUUCGAAUGUGAGUCUCACAGUGAUGACAGUAGGACUUCGCCCCCCUUGACUUCAGAACCAGAUUUCGUGGAGACACAUUUCAAACAGGAAGUUGACGAGGCUGAAAAUAACGAGAAUGAGGAGCUCCAGAAGGCUUGCAUUGUGCAAACUUGCAUGAAAUUGUUAGAUUCGUCGUCGUCGGAUGACGACGAGCUGUUGUUAUACUGGAUGUUGUGCAAAAAUAAGAAAAAACCGUUGCGGAAACGUCGGAAAUAAAUAAAUUAGUUUUGAAUUGUUURAUUCGCCAGAUUUGGGUAGAAAAUUCAGUCUUAAUUCUACUACAAUAAAUAUCAAUUGAGGGUUGGGGUGACUAUUUAUGUUGUGACAAAGAAAUCUAUUGGCAACACUGAAUUAAUUCCUCUAAUUUGUACCGUGCGAUAAAAUAAAUUAGAGUCGGCGUCGAUUAAAUUCUACAGUUGGCAACACUUUGGCUGGGAAUCUGGGCUGUAAAUUUUCCACACACACUGAAAGUGAAAAUAACCAU